AUGGCGGCGUCCUGCGCGGCUCUGCUGCUGACGUCCUUGCUGCUGGCGUUGCUACUGCUGCUGGGCGUGUGGAAGCGCUGGCGGCGGUGGCGGACCACGGCCCGGCACGUGGCUGUCGUGGUGCUGGGCGACUUGGGCCGCAGCCCCCGCAUGCAGUACCACGCGCUGUCGCUGGCCAAGUGCGGCUUCUCUGUGACCUUCCUGGGGUUCUACAACUCCAAACCCCGUGCUGAGCUCUUGCAGAAUGACAGAAUUGGGAUUGUGGGGUUGACAGAACUUCAGAUGCUUGCAGUUGGGCCCCGUGUUCUCCAGUACGGAGUCAAAGUUGUCGUUCAGGCAUUGCAGCUGCUCUGGGCUUUUGUGAAGAUGGAGCCUGCAGUCUACAUCUUCCUGCAGAACCCCCCGGGGCUGCCUGGCAUUGCCGUCUGCUGGCUUGUGUGUUGCCUCUGUGGGGGCAAGCUCGUCGUCGACUGGCACAACUACGGCUAUUCCAUCAUGGGGCUGGUGCACGGCCCUACCCACCCCCUGGUUCUGCUGGCCAAGUGGUAUGAGAAGCUCUGUGGGCGCCUGUCACACCUGAACCUGUGCGUGACCUAUGCAAUGAGAGAAGACUUGGCCCAGAACUGGAGCAUCAAGGCUGUGACUGUCUAUGACAAGCCGGCGUCCUUCUUCAGAGAGACCCCCCUAGACCUGCAGCACCAGCUCUUCGUGAAGCUGGGCUGCCUGCACCCCGCGUUCAGGGCCGGCUCAGAGCCCUCGGACCUCACCACGGAACGGUCGGCCUUUACGGAGCGGGACGUCACGAGCGGGCUGGUGACACACCAGCGUGGGCGGCCGGCCCUGUUGGUCAGCAGCACGAGCUGGACAGAAGAUGAAGACUUCACCAUCCUGCUGGAAGCCUUAGAAAAGUUUGAACGGCUGACUGUUGAUGGAGAAAAUCUUCCCUCUCUCGUCUGUGUGAUAACAGGCAAAGGGCCGCUGAAGGAGCACUACAGCCGCCUCAUCGGCCAGAAGCGCUUCCGGCAUGUCCGUGUCUGCACCCCGUGGCUGGAGGCCGAGGACUACCCCCUGCUCCUGGGGUCUGCAGACCUGGGCGUCUGUCUGCACAAGUCUUCCAGUGGCCUGGACCUGCCCAUGAAAGUCGUGGAUAUGUUUGGGUGCUGCCUGCCUGUGUGUGCUGUGAACUUCCAGUGUUUGCAGGAGCUGGUGAAACACGAGGAGAACGGCCUGGUCUUCCGGGACUCGGAGGACCUGGCAGCUCAGCUGAAGAUGCUUUUCUCAAAGUUUCCCGAUCCUGCUGGCAAACUGAACCAGUUCCGGAAGAACCUCCGGGAGUCCAGGCAGCUUCGCUGGCAUGAGAGCUGGAAGCAGACAGUGCUCCCUUUGCUUGUGGACACAUGACCACUUGGGCCAGAGAUGAACCCCCUCGACUUGUCCAUCCACCUGAAGUCCCUCACGCUGAUGCCCCUGCCCUCUCUCAUCCUGAGCCCCCUUCUCGCCCAGAGCAGGCCCACUCCCCUCCUUGCAGGCUCCUCUGGCUCUGCACACGCGUCCGCGCAGCACCACCCAGUGGCAGGAAGCGGAAAGCCACCUUUUGCAGUUACACUGCUUUACGACCCAGGAGCUGUAGUUCUCCUGGUUUCUUCCGUGGGGUUACCGCCCGUCUCCUUUUUGUCUGUCUGUCAUCCGGGUCAUCAACUCUCUGUUACUUGCGUGUGACCGCCUUAGCAUCUCUGUCCCUGGACUCUCCGUGUCUGGUCUGCCCUGCGUCUCUCCUAAGCUCUGGUUCCUGACUUGAGAACAGGCUCCCAGGUGCUGCGCUGUCGGGGGCGGAUGGACCCGCGUGAACAGGCCGGCUUCCUGACGAGUGCGAGGACUCAGGCUGGGGACAAACUUCCUUGAUGUUUUUACUUGCACAAAUGAAACGCUUAUCUUUGAGCCAAAUUCUCAUUUCUGGUUUAUGGUGAAUUGUAAAGAAUCAGAACGGCCGGCAGGAAGGGCACCGCCACACCUGGGCUCACACUGGUAUUUCGUUACGAUAGUUGGUGGUUCCUGAUUCAGAAUUUAAUGCUCCUCAAAAAUUCGUGUCCGGUGAAAGGUUUACCUGCUUCUCCACGAUGAUGGUUUUUCGAGUCAUGACUGAACCUUCCUGUG